AUGUUCGUUAUUACAUCGUCCUCAAUCAGUUCGUUAUUACAUCGUCCUCUAUCAUGUUCGUUAUUACAUCGUCCUCCAUCAGUUCGUUAUUACAUCGUCCUCCAUCAUGUUCGUUAUUACAUCGUCCUCCAUCAGUUCGUUAUUACAUCGUCCUCCAUCAUGUUCGUUAUUACAUCGUCCUCCAUCAGUUCGUUAUUACAUCGUCCUCCAUCAUGUUCGUUAUUACAUCGUCCUCCAUCAGUUCGUUAUUACAUCGUUCUCAAUCAGUUCGUUAUUACAUCGUCCUCCAUCAUGUUCGUUAUUACAUCGUCCUCAAUCAGUUCGUUAUUACAUCGUCCUCCAUCAGUUCGUUAUUACAUCGUCCUCCAUCAUGUUCGUUAUUACAUCGUCUCUCCAUCAGUUCGUUAUUACAUCGUCCUCCAUCAUGUUCGUUAUUACAUCGUCCUCCAUCAGUUCGUUAUUACAUCGUUCUCAAUCAGUUCGUUAUUACAUCGUCCUCCAUCAUGUUCGUUAUUACAUCGUCCUCAAUCAGUUCGUUAUUACAUCGUCCUCCAUCAGUUCGUUAUUACAUCGUCCUCCAUCAUGUUCGUUAUUACAUCGUCCUCCAUCAGUUCGUUAUUACAUCGUCCUCCAUCAUGUUCGUUAUUACAUCGUCCUCCAUCAGUUCGUUAUUACAUCGUCCUCCAUCAUGUUCGUUAUUACAUCGUCCUCCAUCAUGUUCGUUAUUACAUCGUCCUCCAUCAGUUCGUUAUUACAUCGUUCUCCAUCAGUUCGUUAUUACAUCGUCCUCCAUCAUGUUCGUUAUUACAUCGUCCUCCAUCAGUUCGUUAUUACAUCGUUUCGUUCGUUUACAUCGUCCUCCAUCAUGUUCGUUAUUACAUCGUCCUCAAUCAGUUCGUUAUUACAUCGUCCUCCAUCAGUUCGUUAUUACAUCGUCCUCCAUCAUGUUCGUUAUUACAUCGUCCUCCAUCAGUUCGUUAUUACAUCGUCCUCCAUCAUGUUCGUUAUUACAGUUCGUCCUCCAUCAUGUUCGUUAUUACAUCGUCCUCCAUCAUGUUCGUUAUUACAUCGUCCUCCAUCAGUUCGUUAUUACAUCGUCCUCAAUCAGUUCGUUAUUACAUCGUCCUCCAUCAUGUUCGUUAUUACAUCGUCCUCCAUCAGUUCGUUAUUACAUCGUCCUCGAUCAUGUUCGUUACAUCGUCCUCGAUCAUGUUCGUUAUUACAUCGUCCUCCAUCAGUUCGUUAUUACAUCGUCCUCGAUCAUGUUCGUUAUUACAUCGUCCUCCAUCAUGUUCGUUAUUACAUCGUCCUCCAUCAUGUUCGUUAUUACAUCGUCCUCCAUCAGUUCGUUAUUACAUCGUCCUCCAUCAGUUCGUUAUUACAUCGUCCUCCAUCAGUUCGUUAUUAUCGUCCUCCAUCCAUCGUUAUUACAUCGUCCUCGAUCAUGUUCGUUAUUACAUCGUCCUCCAUCAGUUCGUUAUUACAACGUCCUCAAUCAGUUCGUUAUUACAUCGUCCUCCAUCAUGUUCGUUAUUACAUCGUCCUCCAUCAUGUUCGUUAUUACAUCGUCCUCCAUCAUGUUCGUUAUUACAUCGUCCUCCAUCAGUUCGUUAUUACAACGUCCUCAAUCAGUUCGUUAUUACAUCGUCCUCCAUCAUGUUCGUUAUUACAUCGUCCUCCAUCAGUUCGUUAUUACAUCGUCCUCGAUCAUGUUCGUUAUUACAUCGUCCUCCAUCAUGUUCGUUAUUACAUCGUCCUCCAUCAGUUCGUUAUUACAACGUCCUCAAUCAGUUCGUUAUUACAUCGUCCUCCAUCAUGUUCGUUAUUACAUCGUCCUCGAUCAUGUUCGUUAUUACAUCGUCCUCCAUCAUGUUCGUUAUUACAUCGUCCUCCAUCAGUUCGUUAUUACAACGUCCUCAAUCAGUUCGUUAUUACAUCGUCCUCCAUCAUGUUCCAUCGUCCUCCAUCAGUUCGUUAUUACAUCGUCCUCGAUCAUGUUCGUUAUUACAUCGUCCUCCAUCAUGUUCGUUAUUAUCGUCCUCCAUCAGUUCGUUAUUACAACGUCCUCAAUCAGUUCGUUAUUACAUCGUCCUCCAUCAUGUUCGUUAUUACAUCGUCCUCCAUCAGUUCGUUAUUACAUCGUCCUCGAUCAUGUUCGUUAUUACAUCGUCCUCGAUCAUGUUCGUUAUUACAUCGUCCUCCAUCAGUUCGUUAUUACAUCGUCCUCGAUCAUGUUCGUUAUUACAUCGUCCUCCAUCAUGUUCGAUCAUGUUCGUUAUUACAUCGUCCUCCAUCAGUUCGUUAUUACAUCGUCCUCCAUCAGUUCGUUAUUACAUCGUCCUCCAUCAUGUUCGUUAUUACAUCGUCCUCCAUCAGUUCGUUAUUACAUCGUCCUCCAUCAUGUUCGUUAUUACAUCGUCCUCCAUCAUGUUCGUUAUUACAUCGUCCUCCAUCAGUUCGUUAUUACAUCGUCCUCCAUCAUGUUCGUUAUUACAUCGUCCUCCAUCAGUUCGUUAUUACAUCGUCCUCGAUCAUGUUCGUUAUUACAUCGUCCUCCAUCAUGUUCGUUAUUACCAAUAUACGCCGUCAUUUUCUCGGUGUCAUAGUUGA